AUGAUAAACAGCGUUGACCAAUUGUCUUCAUAUGAUUAUAACCAAUUGAUUCUUUAUGUUAAUGGCAAACGAUAUGAGGAAUCGAAUAUUGAUCCAAAAACAACUUUAGCAGUCUACUUGCGUGAUCAUCUCAAAUUGACUGGAACUAAAAUUGGAUGUAAUGAAGGAGGAUGUGGGGCUUGUACUGUUAUGAUAAGCGAGAUCGAGCCGUUUUCUGGAAACUUGCGACAUUACUCAGCGAACGCUUGCCUGAUGCCCAUUUGUGGAGUGUUUGGAAAAGCUGUCACUACAGUAGAAGGAUUGGGAUCAGUAGUCAGCAAAAAGCUACACCCUGUCCAAGAACGGCUUUCGAAAGCACAUGGUUCUCAAUGUGGUUUCUGCACUCCUGGAUUUGUAAUGGCUAUGUAUGCUCUGAUAAGAAACAAUCCUAAGCCAAGUGAGGAUGAAAUUCUCGAAGCAAUGCAAGGAAAUUUGUGCAGAUGUACCGGAUAUCGACCUAUUCUUGAAGCUUUUUAUAGUUUCUCCGUAUCUGAGAAUGAUGAACUGAAAAUUCAAGAAACCGGCUGUGGUAUGGGAGAAAACUGCUGUAAAGUCAAAAAAGUUAAUGGCAAAAAUGGUUUUGUUUCAAACCAUGAUGUAGGAAUUAAGGAAAUCAAAAGGGAGAAGGUAGGCAAAUUAACAGAUUUAACAAAAUGUUCUCCAUAUGAUGCAACACAAGAAUUGAUAUUCCCACCGGAAUUGAAAGUUGGCAACUUCCAUGCUGCCACUUUCGCCUACACACAUCAUGAAACUAUUUGGUACCAGCCGACUUGUUUGAAAAAACUUUUAACACUGAAGAGACUUCAUCCACACGCUCGUAUCAUAUCUGGAAAUUCUGAGUUAGCAAUUGAAUUGAAAUUCAGAUUUAUUGAUUUGAAAAUGGUUAUUAAUCCUCGACAGGUGACAGAGUUACAUGAAAUUAAAAAAGAAGAGGAGAGAGGCGUUUAUCUCGGUACUGGACUUAGUUUAACAGAAAUGGAUACCGUUCUCUAUGAUUACUCAAAAACAUUACCUGAUGAGAAAACGGGUGUUUUCAAAGCCGUACACGAGAUGAUGCAUUGGUUUGCUGGUAAACACGUCAGGAAUGUUGCUAGUAUUGCGGGUAAUAUUGCGACGGCUUCUCCGAUUUCUGAUCUUAAUCCUGUUUGGAUGGCUGCCAAUGCACAGGUUGUGUUGGAAAGCGAAGAACGAGGAGUUCGUACAAUGCCAAUUGAUGAAAAGUUCUUUUUGGGCUACAGAAAAACCGUAAUAGCAACUGAUGAAAUAGUGAAGGCUAUUUGGGUUCCAUAUACAGAAAAGAAUUCAUUUUUUGCUGCUUAUAAACAAGCGCAAAGAAGGGAAGACGAUAUUGCUAUUGUAACGGGAGCUUUCAAUGUCAAAUUUGUCCCCAAUUCUGAUGUUAUUGACGAUAUUAGAAUUUCAUUUGGUGGUAUGGCUCCUACGACUGUACUUGCUCUGAAAACUAUGGAGUUAUUGAAAGGAGUGAAGUGGUCAGAAGCUUCGGAAUUGGCUCUAGAGUCGUUAGCACAAGAGUUCCGGUUACCACCUGGAGUUCCAGGAGGGAUGUCUAGAUAUAGAUCUGCUCUAACUCUUUCGUUCUUCGUAAAAUUCCAUGACGAAGUAAUUCAAAAGAAGAAUGGAACUUUUGUGAAAAAACCGACCACGACAAAUUUGGAAGCAACACAGCUCUUCAACGAAGUUAGCGAUACUCAGCCUUCUCAUGAUCCCGUCGGUCGCCCUCUACAACAUGUUUCGGGAGAAAGACAUGUUACUGGAGAAGCAAAAUACUGUGACGACUUGAAUAUACCUGAUUGUUUACACAUGGCUUUUGUUUUAUCUCCAAUCGCCAAAGGGCAGCUUGACUCUGUCGACUAUUCGGAUGCUAUUCAGAUGGAAGGAGUUGUCGGAUAUAUCGACUAUAAAGACGUUCGUUCCGGAGCUCGACUAGGACACGUGAACGAUACUCCAGUUUUUGUUGAAAGCCAAAUUUCCUAUCAUUGCCAACCAAUAGCAGCCAUACUUGCUAAAGACCAUGAGACAGCUAGAAGAGCAGCAAACAAAGUAAAAGUACAAACCACUAGAGAAAAAGCUGUUGUGACUAUAGAGGAUGCAUUAGAAGCAAACUCUGUUUUAUGUCCAUCCUUCAUAGUCCAUUCAUCUCUUCUCCAAGGAGACGAGGUGAAAGUAAAUAAUUGGAGCUCGUAUAAACGUACAGUGGAAGGAGAAGUGAAAAUGGGAGGACAAGAGCAUUUCUACUUGGAAACUGCUCAAUGUAUUGUGAUUCCACAUGAAGACGAGGAGCUGGAGAUAAUAGCCAGUACACAAGGAGUAAAUGAUGUUCAAAUGGAAACUGCUAAAAUAUUAGGAAUCCCAGCUCAUAAGAUUACUGCUCGUGUUCGUAGAAUCGGUGGCGGUUUCGGAGGAAAGGAAAGUACAACAGCUAUCUUAUCGGCUCCUGCAGCGAUUGCUGCUCAAAAAUUCCGCCAACCCGUGCGAGUGAAGCUGGAACGUUUCGAUGAUAUGGCUAUUACUGGAAACAGACAUCCUUUCCGUUUCAAUUAUAAGGUUGCAUUGGAUGAUAACGAUAAGCUAAUAGAUUAUGAUGUGAAAGCUUACUCAAAUUCUGGUCACACUUUCGACUUAACAGUUGGAGUCAUGCACCGUUGUAUGGUCCAUAUUGACAACUGUUACAAGUUUGCUAAUGCUGAUAUUGAAGGAUUUUGUAUGAAAACUAACAUAGCAUCUAAUACAGCCUUCAGAGGUUUUGGAGGACCACAAGGUAUGUUCUGUGCCGAAACUCUGAUGCAACACUUAUCCGAGACAUAUAACAUUGAUCAUGUAGAGCUGAGGGAGAAAAACUUUUACGAAGAGGGAGAGAAAACUCCUUUCGGAAUGACCCUCAGCCAGUGCAAUAUAAAACGUACUUGGUAUGAGUGUAAGGAAUUUUCGAACUUCGUAGAAAGACGGAAAGAUGUUGAUAUUUUCAACAGCAAAAACAAAUUAAUAAAAAAAGGAAUAUUUCUCAUGCCGACUCGUUUUGGAAUUGGUUUUGGUAUUAAACAUCUGAAUCAGGCAACAGCACUUGUUCUAAUAUAUUCUGAUGGAUCCGUUCUAAUUAGUCAUGGUGGAAUGGAAAUGGGACAAGGUUUACACACAAAGAUUUUACAAAUUGCUGCUAGAUGUUUGGAUAUUCCAUUCGAGAAAGUACAUAUUCAUGAAAGCGCCACAGAUAAAGUUCCCAAUGCUUCGGCUACCGCAGCCUCAGUUGGAUCGGAUAUGAAUGGUUUAGCUGUCCAGGAUGCUUGCAAUCAAAUAAACGAACGACUUGAACCGAUCAAGAAGGAACACCCUGAUUGGACGUGGGAACAGUGGAUUCAUCAUGCUUAUAUGGAACGUGUUUCCCUUUCGGCAGUUGGAUAUGGAAUCUUGCCUUAUGAAGCUGUUGACUUCAGAACAGGAAAGGGUGCGGAACUGUUCAGUUACUGCGUAUAUGGAACAGCUUGCUGUGAGGUUGAAGUAGAUUGCUUGACAGGAGAUCAUAAGCUUCUCAGAACAGAUAUCGUGAUGGACGUAGGUGAUUCGUUGAAUCCAGCCAUCGAUAUAGGUCAAAUCGAAGGAGCUUUUGUUCAAGGUUACGGUUUAUUCACAAUGGAAGAGCUACGUGUUCGUCCUGAUGGAACCCGUCUCACUCGAGGACCUGGAAAUUAUAAAAUUCCUUCCGCCGACGAUGCUCCGAAGCACUUCAAUGUUAGUCUCCUGAGAGGUAGCAGCAAUAAGAAGGCAAUCUUCUCUUCAAAGGCAAUCGGUGAACCACCCCUUUUCCUUGGUGCUUGCACAUAUUUUGCCAUUCGGGAAGCUAUAAAAGCAUAUCGAAAAGAUCAAGGCCUAGACGGCUAUUUCCGCUUCGACUCACCAGCAACAGCUGAGAAUAUCAGAUUAUCCUGUGAAGAUGAAUAUUUGAAAAAGAUUCCAAAACUGCCUGAAGCAGGCGCCUACACACCUUGGACUGUGCCUUUAUAA